ACUCGUCUUGACAAUGCGAUACGGGGUUUGACAGGUAGGCAGAUGGCUGGCAGUCAUUGAGUUUUGUCGUCUGCUGCAUUUGAAUCGGGAGGCAGACAGGACGGGACACAGCUCAUAUCGGGAUUAAUUUGGAAGGGAAACUGCGUUUAGGAUACAAUAUGAACUUGUAAACUGUAUACCUGUUUUGGAGGUGCUGAGGACUACUUGCCUCAUGUCACCCUGCCAACUUAUGAUCCUGUGACAUGAACCUCGGAGUUUCAACAAGCGAUGGCAGAUAAACAGAGUAUUCGUGAUGUUCCCCUAGGGUACUUACUGGAUAUCAUGCUUGGAAUGUAUAAGGGUGGAUGCAUGGCUCGGCUCCGGGAGGGAUUGUACAGCGUCCAUAUUGAGAGCUGCGUCAUCACUCUGACACUUGUCUCCGUCCUUGCUAUUUCAGGGGAACUGCUCAUUAACCUCCACAUUGUACAAGUCCCCCAGAAUACUGGCGAUGGUGGUAAUGGGGACGGAAUCAACGGAGGAGUCACACACAACACGUCUCGGAUUGACGUCAGCGACCCCAGCACCAGCACCGUAGGGAAUCCCAUAGACCCAGGGGGUGGCGUGUCGGUCGACCCUAUGCACACAGCACAUCUAGUCUUUCACUACAUUAGUCUUGUCAUAGCUGCCGUGUUCCUUGUAGAGAUGAUGUUAAAAAUCCUUGCCAAGGGGAAGUCAUUCUUCCUGAAGAUCUUCCAGGUAGCAGAUGCUCUCAUUGUACUCGGGACGUUUGCCCUGGAGGUCGUGUUCACAGUGGAGCAGGAAGAGUUGCCUCUCCUUGAGGCUGCUACUUUCAUCGUUAUACUUAGGUUAUGGCGGGUACCAUCUACGUGCAAUAUCCGCGCCAGGGAGUGCAGGAGGGAGAUGCGUCGGGAGCUGGAGGUGUGGCAGAACGCCAAGCACAAGCUGGAGGAGAGGUGUAAAGACAUGCAGAGCAAGAUGGACAAACAGGAGGACCGAAUACGUGACAUGGAGAAGCAGCUGGAGAAGAACACCAGUCUGGAGGGGGUGGAGUCAGGCCGGGGCACAGAGCAGCAACAACACGAUCUUGUGGGCAAUGGCUAUGUCCCUUACGACAUGUUUACACAGGUAAACGAAGAAAAUUCCAACCAUCUGAGGACGGCUAACAGUGAACUAGGUGUAGAAGUCAAUAAUCACCCUUGUGUCGACAGUGUCGACGGGGAAGUGCUACACGAAUCACACAAUGGCACUGAUACAAACCACGAACAUUUAAAUGUGAAUGAUGAUGCAAUGGACACAAAUUGUACGCAAGCGGGACACUCGCAGGCUCGAGGUCCGUUCUCGCGCACGGAUAGCGAGAGUUCGUUGUCAUGUGAUCACGUGGAACAGGAAGUAGUUGUUCAAAUCGAAGGUCCUCCGUCUCCUAAACAGCAUGUUUCAACAACUGACGACACAGCCGGCCUGUUAGAUGUUAGUCCCGGGAGAGGUUCUGAAGAGUUCUCCUACAGUAACGCGAUGUUUGAAGACGAGAUCGGCCAUCAAGACUUGCCCGUUCUGCACGAGAUAGAUGGAGUGAAGACCUAUCGGAGUGCUGACGGGAUUCCAAUGACGUCAUUGUAACCAAGGAAAUCCUGUACCUACGCCCCAUGAAGUCUAAUCAGAUAUUUAUAUACAUAUAUUUAUUUAUCUACAAUUAUGUGUUCAGUGAGUGCCUGCUAGUGUGUUCAAAUGUGCCAUUAUGUAAAUACAUCAUGAUAUAGUGUACGUCAUAUGAGAUUUAUACCAAUUUGUAUAUUUAUUCAGUGUAUAGAAUAUCUUUCGUGUUGGAAUGACAUUUAUUAUACACGUGUACUUAGACUGCUUAGAUUUUAUACUGAAACGGCAUCCUUGAAGCAGAGUUGUCAGAAUGAAUGUAUGAGUGAUGUGGAUACCAACGUGGCUAGUUCUGUUCGUGACGUCCAUUACCUGAAGUUGUUUAUGCGGCAGGUACAGCUGCCACUGUAACAAUACUCACCUGUUCCAGGCUAAGGGGGACAAAUAUACCUGGUUGUUCACAGAUUGCAGUUUAUCAAUACAGCGAUCUCACACAAGAACGUUCUGUUGUAGUGACACUAAUACAUGCUACUGUCUCAUUCAUUAGCAUUAGUUAUAAAUACAUAAAACUAGUAUUAUCAUUUUAAAACUUUUACAUUUCUUGUCCAUGUGAAAGAAGUAUCAUGGGCUCUUUUCUAUUAUAACCGAAGCAACAUCUAUUACCUUUCUCGCGUCACAGCUCUUGAAUGUGUAACAUGUACAGGCCCAAUUACAAACCAUUCCUAUUUUCCUGUGCAACCAGGAUACUGAAAACGUGAAGCAAAAAUGCACGCGUAUGCAUGUCUUGAAAAUAAAUAACACACUGGCAUACAUAUGUAUAUCCUGUGCACGUGUGCGUCAAUGAAAUGAAUGAAUGUGUGCUUGUGCUACAUAGGCCUCGAAUAAACAAAAGAAUCUA